AUGUCACUGAAAGUUUACUAUGAUUUGAUUUCACAACCAUCAAGAGCACUUCUCUUGUUUUUGUUGACAAAUGACAUUCCUUUUGAGGCACAAGAGGUGAAACUCCUCCAAGGUGAGCAAUUUGGUGAAGAAUUUUCAAAACUGAAUCCUAUGAAAAAGGUUCCUAUGAUCAUAGAUGGAGAUUUCACAUUGACUGAAAGCGUAGGAAUUUUAAGAUACUUGAGCCGGGAGAGAAAUGUUCCUGACCAUUGGUAUCCUGCUGACAGCAAAAGACAGGCAAGAGUUGAUGAAUAUCUGGAGUGGCAACACACAAAUACAAGGAGUCACUGUUCACUGUAUUUUACUAGCAAGCUGAAUAUAUCUUGA